AUGAUAAUCGCUGACCAAACACUUCAAGGCAGUCCAACUGACAGAAUCAUAUCAUCUCAACAACUCUAUGGCCUUCCAAAUAAUCAAAAUUAUCAGCAACAGUCCCAAGCUAAUAGUUUGCAAAAGCCACGAGGCAAUCAGCAAGCUCACAAUUCAAGAGAACUGAAUAUGAAUGAACAUUACAAUAGCAACAAUAAUUUAUACGAUAAUAACAAUGUUUUCGAUGGGAAUAAUAUGAAGCAUGAAAAAAAUAAAAUAUUACAACAACAUAGUGUUCAAGUUGGCAAUAUGCUUAAACAUCAUAACUCUUAUCAAGAGAUUGAUUUUAAUAAUGAAAACACUCGGAAUAGUGCAAUUUUGAACACUAACGUCGAAAUGAACGCCAAGUCCACUGAUGUAGUAACGAUGUUCAGACCAGCAGUAAGGGUGGACACAAUGCAUACACCAAUAACCACAUCUAUAACGUCGACUUAUGUUACUCAGCCACAAAAUCACUUACUUAAUCCACAAAAUAUUAAACCCAACAACUAUUUACUAACAAAAUUCAUUGCAAAUCCGGUACCAACCAUAAUCAAGGCACCAUCAUCAAGUGAAUAUAAUAGAAGUCAAUUUAGAAGAAAUAUUCCCGACAACCCAUUUCUCAAAGAGCACAUGUCUCAAAAUGAGUUCAUGCAAAACCCAUUUUUAGCAAAUUUACAAAAUAAUAGGAAUUCACAAUCUUAUUUAAAUAAUCAAUCAACACAAAAUAUUGUGGCUCCGAAGCCCACUCCUCAGAAUCCAUACAUGUCAAAUCCAUUUCUGCAAAAUACUAAAAUGCCAAAUCUCUCAGGCCAGUCGCAGCCAACACAACUUCCAGCAACAAAUCUUAUGGGGCCUCAAAGUCAAACUUCUUCGCAAAAUACGGCUAAUUUAAUGAAUGUUCAAAAACCUGUGAUUAUAUCAUCGACACCACCCAGCACGACAUAUCCUAAUUCGAAGGGCACAAAAAUGGACGCAGAAUUAAAUCGACUCAUUCAAAAUAAAGCGGUCAUAUUUCCAGAUUCGAUAUACCUCACACAGAGCACUCCGAGCUCACAGCACAUACUAGACAUAAGACGUUAG